CAAUCUUUGUCAUUUCAAUACGGCAAGGAAACCCCUACCACCCCCUGCAGCCUCGGAGUCGUUCAUGCCACACAAGCAGGAGAUCUUAAAGAAACACUGAGCACUUUGGAUUUAGACAGAUACAGCAGCUUAGAGAAAUCUCGUCGCUCUACCAGUCGUAGCCAGUCCAGGGAUCAGGCUAAGUACGGGGAAGUCCUGUGUGACUUCUGCACAGCAAGGAAGCAGAAGGCUGAGAAGUCCUGCUUGGUGUGCCUGGCAUCCUACUGCGAGACUCAUCUCCAGUCUCACUAUGACUAUCCUGCCCUGAUGAAGCAUAAACUGGUCAAAGCUACAGGUCAGAUGAGAGAGAAGAUCUGUGCACAGCAUGACAAGCUGCUGGAGGCUUUUUGUCGUACUGAUCAGACAUCAGUUUGUGUUCUGUGCAUGAUGGAUGAACACAAACACCACAACAUUGUCCCGGCUGGAACUGAGAGGACUGAGAAACAAAAACAACUUGGUGCCAUGCUGCACAAAUCUCAACAGAGGAUUGACCAGAGAAUUAAAAAGUGGCAGGAUCUCCGACAUGCUGUGGAAUCAGUUAAACACUCUGCUCAAACCGUCCUGGAGGAGAACGAGCGGAUCUUCACUGAGCUUCUGCUUUCCAUAGAGAGGAAGUACAAUGAAGUAAAGGAGAUGAUCCGCUCCCACGAGAGGACCACUGUGACUCGGGCCGAGAUACUGCUAGACCGCUUGGAGGAGGAGGUCACUCUGCUGAGGAAAAGACACACUGACCUGGAGAAGCUUUCACACACUGAUGAUCACAUACACUUUCUACAGAGCUGGCAGUCUCUUUCAGGACCCUCAGGAUAUGAAGACCUCAACAACAUCAGUGUUGCUCCCUAUUACUCCUUUGAUGCUACCAAGAGAGCCAUUGCUGCACUGAAAUUACAAGUAGAAGAAGUCAGCAAGACAGAAAUGAACAAAAUCUCGGGAGCAGUGAAGGAAGUCUACGUCACACAAGAAGGUGGGACAAAGACAAGAAGAGAAUCAGUUUUGAAGGAAGAACUGGUGACAAGAGAAGAACCAAAGACAAGAGAAGAUUUCAUGAAAUACUCUUGCCAGUUGAUUCUGGAUGUCAACAGCGUCCACCCCAACCUUCACCUCUCCGAGGGUAACCGAACAGCUACGAUGAAGAGCGAGCCUAAGAACUACCCUGACCACCCAGACCGAUUCGACCACUGGCAGCAGGUGCUGUGCAAAGAGAGCGUGACUGGCACUCGCUGUUACUGGGAGGUGGACUGGAGGGGAACAGAGAUAGACGUGGCCGUUACCUACAGGGGAAUCCGCCGUAAAGGAAAUGGGAAUGACUGCAGCCUGGGCUGGAACGACAAGUCCUGGAGUCUGUACUGCUCUGACUCCAAAUUCUCAUUUGUGCACAAUAAUAAGAGCAAAGACAUUCCAGCUCCAGUGUCAUCUCGUAUUGGCGUCUACCUGGAUCUUGCAGUGGGAACGCUUGCAUUUUACAGUGUCUCUGAUGGCAUGCAGCUUCUGCACAGAGUUCAGACUACAUUUACAGAGCCCCUCUACCCUGCAUUCAGUGUGUGGGGCUUUGGUACCAGUAUAAGGCUGUAGAGGAGUUAAAGCUAUAGCGCUACUAAUUUGCGUUCAGAGUACACAAUAUUCCCAAUAUUGCUGUGUAAUUUGAAACAGGGUGUUUUUAUUAGUUCUUGUUAGUUUCCCCUUUGCUAAAAAUAUUUUUUUUUCCUCAUACAUGAACUAUUGUAUGAGUGUUCAGCCCAAAUUGAUAUGUUUUUAUUCUGUUGACCACUGCUUGUUGUUUUGAGGCAAUUUAGUCUGAAGAGAUUAAAACAGAAUGUAUCAGUUGUAAGUAGGAAACAUAUGCAAUAACUGAUUAUCAUGUUAUUUUCUUUAUGUUGCACAUCUUUUUCUCUAUUAUGUUAAAGCAUGUUAUAUUUACAUUAUUGGUAUGUUAGAUGCUUUCUGUGAAAUUAAAUCACAGUUUCUACAACCCCCACGUUGUUACAGAUUUUUUUUUGUUUUGGCACUUUAAAUAUGGAUUAGCACAAGACAGCUAUCUCUGAUCCUGCUGAAAACAUGUCAUGUGGACAGUGGCUCAGCAUUACUGCAGCUGGAGUGGCUGUCGUUGUUCACACUGAUGUCAGUCUGUUAGCCACCUUACCUCCAUUAAUACAUUAAAUCUUGGAAUACCCCUCCCAAUUGCAUAUUAUAACACCAUAUCAUGUUAGGGGAAUAGUGAAACU